AUGCUGUCACGAACCGCGGCACCGUCGAGAACAUCUACUCAGGCCAUCUCGCGGGUGGCCGCCGGCGCUGCGACGACGACGCAGCAGCCAUCCCGGAACUUCGCGACCGUCCAGGAUGGCAACCCCGUCAAGCAUUAUGGCGGCCUCAAGGACCAGGACCGCAUUUUCCAGAAUCUCUACGGCCGCUAUCCUCCCGACCUGAAGCAUGCUAAGAAGAUGGGAGACUGGUACAAGACGAAGGAGAUCAUUCUGAAGGGACACGACUGGAUCAUCGGCGAGGUGAAGGCAUCCGGAUUGAGAGGAAGAGGUGGUGCUGGAUUCCCCUCAGGUCUCAAAUGGUCUUUCAUGAACUUCAAAGACUGGGACAAGGACAAUAAGCCACGCUAUCUGGUUGUGAACGCCGACGAGGGCGAACCCGGAACCUGCAAGGACCGCGAGAUCAUGCGAAAGGACCCCCACAAGCUUGUCGAGGGCUGCUUGAUUGCUGGCCGUGCGAUGAACGCUACCGCUGCCUACAUCUACAUUCGUGGUGAGUUUUACCACGAGGCCGCUGUCCUGCAGCAGGCUAUCAACGAGGCGUACAAGGAGGGUCUCAUUGGCAAGAAUGCUUGCGGAUCUGGAUACGACUUUGACGUCUACAUUCACCGUGGUGCCGGUGCCUACGUCUGUGGCGAGGAGACUUCCUUGAUCGAGUCGCUAGAGGGUAAGGCCGGCAAGCCAAGAUUAAAGCCGCCAUUCCCCGCUGCUGUCGGUCUGUUCGGUUGUCCUUCUACAGUUACGAACGUUGAGACUGUUGCUGUUGCCCCUACUAUCUGUCGCCGUGGCGGUAACUGGUUCGCCUCUUUCGGUCGGGAGCGGAAUAGCGGCACGAAGCUGUUCUGCAUUAGUGGGCACGUCAACAACCCAGUGACAGUCGAAGAGGAGAUGUCCAUUUCCAUGCGUGAGCUCAUCGACAAGCACUGUGGUGGUGUUCGCGGAGGUUGGGAUAACCUUCUUGCCGUCAUCCCCGGCGGUUCCUCUACACCAAUUCUCCCCAAGAAGAUUUGCGACGACCAGAUCAUGGACUUCGAUGCCCUGAAGGACAGCCAGUCUGGUCUAGGUACCGCUGCUGUUAUCGUUAUGGACAAGAGUGCCGAUGUUGUCCGAGCCAUUGCGAGGCUGUCACACUUCUACCGUCACGAAUCCUGCGGUCAAUGCACACCAUGCCGAGAAGGUAGCAAGUGGACUGAGCAAAUCAUGAGCCGAUUCGAGAAGGGACAGGGCCGCGAGCGUGAGAUUGAUAUGCUUCAAGAGCUGACGAAACAGGUGGAGGGUCACACAAUUUGCGCUCUCGGUGAGGCGUUUGCCUGGCCUAUUCAGGGUCUCAUCCGUCAUUUCCGACCGGAGCUUGAGGCUCGUAUGGCAAAGUUCGCGGCGGAGAACGGCGGCACGCCGCUGGCUGGUGGCUGGCAGCAUGACACAAGGCAGCAGGCUGGAUUGAAAAGUACCGACAACAUGUCAACAUUACAGCAGUUCAUUCGCUUCGGCACUGAUGCCUUUGGAUUGGAGCGAACUCUACGAGGCGUACAAGCUAUCGUGCAAAUUUUGCACUCAUAUCCAGUGCUUCUGAGCCUAAUAUUUCCCAAGACUGAUUUCAUCCUGGUCGCCGUACGCGGUCAAUUGGGCCUCGCCCGGCGCUACUUCCGGCUCUUCCGCUUCGUGGACUCAUUCUACGGUGCCCAUGUACUCUACACCUCGCUAUCUUCAUUUGCCGCAACUUCAGAGAAGGGCAGCAAGAGAACCGGCUUCCCGACGGAUGUCUGGCUGGACAUUUUCGCGCGCACCUUCAACGGCAUGUAUCUCUUACUGGAAGCGUCUACGACCGUCGACGCGUUGGGCAUCAGCGGCCUGUCGGUCUGGGGACGUGAGUGGACGGUCCUCAUCAACAUCGAGGCGCAACGUUUCUGGCUCUUCGCUUUAGUGUGCGGCGCUCUAUCUGGAUGUGUCAAGAUUCUCUCCCUGUAUGCAAUGGCGCCAGUGCCCGAGACCGGAGAUGGCUUCGGCACGGGUGAGAAGGUCGACCAGGAGAAGGUGAAAGCUAGAAAGGAGCAGGCUCUGAAACACCGUCAGGAGGUGAAGGCCAAGUCGCGGGGAUUGUUGAAGAAGGUUGUGUCGGAUCUCCUUGAUACGACCAUCCCGGGUGUUAUUGUCGGAUGGAUGAACAUUGAGCCUGGCCUGGUUGGAAUAGCUAUGUUGAUCACUACCUUCAUAACGGGCAAGGAUGUCUGGGACAGGUGUGGAAGAGAGGUCCGAAAGGCGUAG